CUUUACAUUCCAUUUUCCUCUCUGAUUUUUGUCUUGUAGCGUUGUCCCUCAGACAACAGUAAUACUGAACAAUGACCGGCAGAAUUCAAUUGUAGCCAAGAUGGUUGGGCAGGAAGAGCCCCUGAGCAGAGCAGCGGAUUCUCUGGAAAAUAUCCUUAGCAAUGCUGUUCCUGGACGUAGGCAGAACACCAUAGUGGUGAAGGUUCCUGGGCAUGAUGACAGUCACAAUGAAGAUGGAGAGAGUGGCUCUGAAGCCAGUGACUCAGUUUCCAACAGCGGACAAAUAGGAAGCCAAAGUAUUGGAAACAACGUCACCCUUAUUACGCUGAACUCUGAAGAGGAUUACCCCAAUGGGACAUGGCUUGGAGACGAAAAUAACCCUGAGAUGCGGGUGCGUUGCCCCAUCACGCCUGCUGACAUGCUGCACAUCAGCACGAACUGCCGUACAGCUGAGAAGAUGGCAUUGACUUUGCUUGAUUAUCUCUUCCAUCGCGAAAUUCAGGCCAUUUCCAACCUCUCAGGCCAGGGGAAGCAUGGGAAGAAGCAACUUGAUCCUCUCAUGAUUUAUGGAAUUCGCUGUCAUCUAUUUUACAAAUUUGGGAUCACAGAAUCUGACUGGUACAGAAUUAAGCAAAGCAUAGAUUCCAAAUGCCGAACAGCGUGGAGGCGGAAACAGCGGGGUCAGAGUCUUGCUGUGAAAAGCUUUUCAAGGCGAACACCUUCAUCAUCAUCUUACAGUGGUUCAGAGGGUUCGCAGAGUUCAGUUUCAGCUUCUAAUGAGAUCCAGCAGAACCAACCACAAGCGCUACACUAUGCACUAGCCAAUGCUCAGCAGGUUCAGAUCCACCAAAUAGGAGAAGAUGGACAAGUCCAAGUAGGCCAUCUCCACAUAGCCCAGGUUCCCCAAGGCGAGCAAGUCCAAAUCACGCAGGACAGUGAGGGAAACCUGCAGAUACAUCAAGUUCAUGUGGGUCAAGAUGGGCAGGUGUUGCAGGGUGCUCAGCUGAUAGCUGUUGCUUCUGCUGAGCCUGCCUCAGGGGGUGUUGAUGGGUCCCCGCUCCAAGGGAGUGAUAUCCAAGUCCAGUAUGUGCAGCUGACACCAGUGACAGACCACUCUGCAACUAAUCAAGGCACUGAUACCCUUCAAUCAGCGAUCCAGCCAGAAAUGCAGAUAGAACAUGGAGCAAUCCAAAUCCAAUAAGAGAACUGUGAAAAGCUGCAUUAACUUCUGAGAUGUGGGUGAUCCACAGCCAGAAGUAAAGUGCUGUCAUCUUCGUGCAACGACAGGAGAAUGGAAAUGCCCUUUAGACUAAUGGUCACACCUCGAAUAUGUCCUGCGAAUUGCAGAGUUCUGAUGAUCUGGUUGUUCUCACCUGGAAUAAAUGAUACCCAUUUACUUAAAUUGGAGCUAUAUCACUGCAUCAGUUGAGAAUCUGGCCUUCAGAAACAAUGAAUGGCCUGCCUGUAGGUACACUUAAAGAGGGGAAAAAGUCUUUUAGAAAGAAAGAAAUCUAAUGAAUCAAAACUGUGAGACUAAGUCAGUGUUUCAUCCUGUUCAUUUCUUCUGUGAAAUACACCAUUUGAAUGUCUGCAGAUAUCUUUAGUGUAUUGCUGCCUUGCAAUACUUGCUUUACCACAUAUAGAUCAAGAGCUCAAAUAUUUUUCACUGUUUAAACAGCUUUUUUUAUUUGCUAUGGUGUUUAUAACAAAAAUGGAAAAUAUUUAAAAAAAGAAAAAUUCCAUAACUGCAAGUAUUAGCCUUUUGCUGGUGUUUUCUGUUCAGUGUAAUUAAAACUGUAUUUGCAGAAGACUAACAAUUUUGUUUGUACUAUUGCUUAACUACUUUUCUAGGGGAAAAGGCUUUAAAAUGCUGUAAUUAUGCAUUUUUAAUGAGAAAUAAAUGUGUAUUUAUGAA